CUGAGUAAACACGGCGAGGCUGGCUGCGGCCGUGCAGUGAUAUAGGAUGCUCUUUCCUUUGGUAUUGUGUGCAAUUGUGCUACUAGGGAGUGGUAAAGCUCCAGAUGAUGAAUGGAUCGACCCCACUGAUAUGCUCAAUUAUGAUGCAGCAUCAGGAACAAUGAGGAGACCUUACAAGGGAAACUAUCAUGACUCUCAGGAUAAGAACAUGGAUGUGGUCAGCACUGAAGUCCUAUCAAGUUGUUCUAGGGAAUUAGAUGCCUUGCAACAGAAGGUUGCAGACUGUGAGAAGAGGAGUGCCAAAUCACACCAAAACCGUAGCUUUUAUAUUUUUAAGAGAUACUUGAACAAGAUUUUAAAUGAAGCUGGAAAACUUGGCCUGCCUGAGGAAAAUGUGGACGAUGUCCAUUAUGAUGCUGAGAUCAUCCUUACGAAACAGACAUACAUGGAGAUCCUCAAGUUUAUCAAUGAGGAAACUUGGCAGUCAGGUGCUGUGGAUGAUGCACUUAGUGAUAUUUUGAUUAAUUUUAAGCCGCAUAAUUAUGAAGCUUGGCACUGGAGAUUUGAAGACACUUUUGGAAUUGAUCUAUAUAAUAUGUUUCUGCUACUCUUGUGCUUAGUUUGUGGUGUAGUUGUAAUAGCUACAGAGCUGUGGACACGUAUUCAUUGGUUUGUUCAGCUAAAACGUCUUUUAUUAAUAAGUUUUCUCAUCAGUUUUGUGUGGAAUUGGCUUUACUUGUACAAGCGAGCCUUUGCGCAGCAUCAAGCAGACAUUGCAAAAAUGGGGCAGUUUGAUAACGUCUGUGCUGAGAAGCUGGACUGGAGGGAUGGUCUUAUUGAGUGGCUCAGAAGUAAAUGGACAUUUCAGGACGAUCCCUGUCAGAAAUACUAUGAAACUCUACUAGUGAACCCUGCUUUGUUGGUUCCACCGACAAAGGCGCUGGCAAUCACUUUCACCAACUUUGUAACUGAGCCUUUGGAGCAUGUAGGACAAGGUAUUGGUGAAUUCAUCAAAGCACUCAUGAAGGAGAUACCAUUUCUUCUGCAGGUUCCAGUGCUGAUUAUGAUGGCUCUGGCUGUUGUGGCUUUCUUCUACGGUGCAGGAUCAUCAGUGUCUAUGCUAAGAUACUUGGCAUCUUCUCAGAGAAGUCUUCCUCCACCUGACAGUCAACAGGAGAAAAUAGACUUUGGCCAGAGUGAUAGGAGUAGAUCAGACAGCUACUAUCUGCAGCAGCUUCCUUAUGUUCACAGAGGACCACAUGACAGAGGAGAUGCUCCUGUGAGACCAGGAAAUGGCAGAAGUCCUGGCAUUCCGCAUUCAAGUGAUGAGCCAAACACGCAAGUAGAAGAGUCUCGCCAACCAGAACCUGGUAAGAGAUGGCACACUGAGCCUGAAGUUUGUAGACUAGAAACUAUCACAGCUGAAAAACUUACUGAAGAACAAGCACUUGAGCAGCAGAAACAGGAGACAGGCAAAGCAGAGCAAGAGACUGAAGGAAGUUGUGAUCCUAAUAAAGACCUAGAAGGGAAAAGUUACACAGUGGAACCACAUGAAGAGACGAAAACCAAGAUUUCACAUGACUCACAGGAAGGAGACUAAGGAAGCCCCAAGCUCUGCUGUGGAGUAGAAGGUGUUGCCACUGAAGCAGCUGAGAAC